AUGAAAUACGACGAAGGAACCAUAGCAUCUUUAAACAAGUACUAUUACUACGGAAUUCUAGACAAAGACGACAACACUAACUACAAGACUGUCGUAUUUUGGAGAUGGAGGAAACGUGAACCAAGGGACAACUACCUCAAACGCCAAUUCAAGGUUAGCCUGCCUGGCAAGGAAUACGCAGGGACUAUUCAGGAACUCUACAAGUUCAACUAUGGACCGAGGCCAGGUGUCACGUACAACCUCGAAACGGGCCUUAUCACUGGAAGGAAGAAGCCAAUGCUGAAUACAGCCUCCCUAUUGCAACGGUUGAACAUGCAUGUCACCAACACCAACAGAUCUUUGCAAGAUCGUUUAUCGGAUAGCACACCGUCAACCAUGUCCGUUGACGAGCGAAGUGACUCUUCUGACAAGGACUUCAACAGAUUCCCAGAGGUGCCAGAUAACCUUUACCACCCACACACGGUGAACAGCCCUGCUGCUUGGAUUCGAUGCAAUGAUGAGCUCUUGAUAGAAGAGAUCACCCCACUCCAUCGCUCUCAAUCCCCAGUUCACCUGUCCGAUCCCUACUUCGCACCUCAUGAGAAACCAGAGGUUAUGUUCCAGUGCCUGUUGAAGGAUGAGUCUGUGAAGAUCACUGAAGCCCGUAUGCGUUAUUGGGCAAAUUGUUGGGACACAACGAGGACAGCCAAGACACUACUCACCACCGCAAUAGAACACGGCCUCAGAUUCUACCUUGCCCUGCCACCAGACCGCAUCAGACAAUUCAGGCCUUUGAUUGUCGACAGCCUGGAUAAAUCUUCAGCCUUGUUCUCAUAUGGCGUGAGCUUCCAGGAACAACCGUUGUCGCCCAUGGAUAACACGAUCACCUUCUGUUCUUCCUACUUAGCCAAAAUGAAUGAUCUCCUGAGACGCCCACGUGCACGCGCAUUUAUAGCCGAAGGGGGACAGAUCAGCUGGAUUGCGCGAUGA